AUGGACGCUGUAGUGAAAGUCUUUUGUGUCUACGGCAAAAGGAAACGGCAGUACAGCUUUGGUAGUAGUGAUCAUACUCAAGUUAAGCUCAAGAAACGUGGCUCUGGCACAAAGUAUCUAGCUACGGUCUUAGCCACUGGAACUGACGGUGACAUUGUUUGUGUUGCAAAGGAACACUUUCUUGAUUGUUUUUCUUUUGGAUUAAUUAUCGCGACGUUGUUGACAGUUACUGAUGAUGGGUUUUGUUAUUAG